AUGGCACUUAAUGACACAUCACCUACAGAUCCUAUUCCAGAUGAGCCUUUGGAAGAGGAAAUGUAUACCUCAUGGGCAUUGCUCAUUCUAAUGACAUUGCUUAUCGGAGCACUAUGGACUAGUUAUUACCUUCAGCAACGCAAGAUACGCGCAGUCCAUGAAACAGUUAUCUCCAUCAUGGCAGGCAUGAUUGUUGGCUUGAUCAUCAAAUUGGCUCCGGGUACCAUUAUCCAGCGCAUGGUUCAGUUCAAUGAGGGUUAUUUUUUUAAUCUGCUUCUACCUCCUAUCAUUCUUAACUCUGGCUAUGAGCUCAAACGACGCAACUUCUUUCUUAGUUUUGGCACCAUUUUAACGUUUGCUAUGGUUGGCACACUAAUAGCUGCCAUUGUGACAGGUGUUCUUACAUUUGGAUGGGCUUAUUUUCAUCCAGAAGGGAUUCACAUCAGCUUCUUAGACAGUAUGAUUUUUGGGGCAAUUCUGUCUGCCACAGAUCCUGUCACAAUUCUUGCUAUCUUUCACCAAUUACAUGUCGAUCCUCAAUUAUUUGCUAUCAUUUCGGGUGAAUCUCUUUUAAAUGAUGCUGUGGCAAUUGUAUUGUCCGAUACCCUACGAAAAUUUAGAGGUCAAGAACUGCAUGUUAUCAAUAUCUUUAAAGGAAUUGGACUUUUUCUGGGUGUAUUCUGGGCAUCAACCUGUAUUGGAAUCUUGUUCGGAUUGGCGGUGGCAUUGAUGUUGAAACAUUCUCAUCUCUAUCAGUUCCCUAAUAUCGAGGCCUGUAUGAUCAGUCUGAUGGCUUACAGCAGUUAUCUAUUUUCAAAUGCUGCACACAUGUCCGGUAUUGUCACGCUCUUAUUCACGGGUAUCACACUGAAACACUAUGCCUACGACAACAUGUCCCUGCGUACCAAGAGGGCAACCAAAUACGUCUUUCAGAUCCUUUCACAGCUCUCUGAAAAUUUUAUUUUCAUCUAUCUUGGUGUCAAUUUAUUUACAGAGACUGAUCUUGACUACAAACCUCUGUUUAUUCUCUUUACUACUCUUUUUAUUUGCAUCGCUCGUUAUUUUUCUGUGGCACCAUUGUCUAUGCUCAUUAAUGCAGUUUGUCGGGCACUUGGAAAACCUGAACAGCUGCCACAAUCGCAUCAAGUCAUGCUCUUUUGGGCUGGUCUCAGAGGCGCGGUUGCAUUUGCAUUAGCUUCAAAUCUGGGUGGAGAAAGUGCAGCAGCUAUGCGAACCACAAUUUUGGCUGUUGUGGUCUUGACAGUUCUGAUCUUUGGAGGCACUACUGGACGUAUGCUCCAGAUUCUAGAAAUUCAGACGGGUGUAUUAGAGCCUGAGGAUAUGGCCAGCGAUAACGACAACGAGGCGGAUAACACUAAUAACAGUCAUGAAGAAGGUGGUCUUUCUCUUGGUGGUCGUCCAUCAAGAAGGACAAGAAGAAGUCCAUCGACUGAUCGUCUAUUGGAUACGGAUGAGGAUGAAGAAAGAGUAAUACACGGUAAUAGUAGUAGUGGUGAUGGUGGUGGUAGUGGCAGCGAUAGGUAUCGCAAUGAUCCUACGGAUGUCUCUAUCGGCGGUCUACUCUCGGGACCUAUUGGAGAUCCAAUUCCUGACCCUGGGCCACCACACUGGUUCAUGUCAUUUGAUGAGAAAUGGCUCAAGCCCUUCUUUACUAAACGCCACGUUCAGCAACGAAACCAGACAUUGGCUGAGUAUUGGAAGGACAGACGACGCAAAAUGGACCGGGCCAAUCAGAAUAUGCUGGCUGGGAUCCGCAAUAUGUCGCUCGGAACAACUAGUGGUCGCCUUGUUAAUGAUAACGAUAAUGACGAUGAAGACGAUGAUGCGCUGACUCUUCACUCGGUGUAUCCUGUUGAAGACAGGUUUGAUGGAGGUGAUUUGGCACGGACACCGAGUAAUAAUGGAUCACGGCUGGUUAUUGGUGCAGGACGUGUGUUUGGAAGAUCAGUUUCCAAUCAACAGUAGCACCCAUGCACACACACCAACACCACCACAUGAAUACGCACAAAAAAAUAAUAAUUAUAAUAAUAAUAAUAAUAAUAAUAAUAAUACGUGUUUGACAACAAUACACUCAUUUAUAUAUAUAUAUAUAUAUUAUAAUUUUAAUAUUAUACUACUUUAUCUUGACAUUACUUUAUAUAUCUAUAUUUCUCUCUCUCUCUCUCUCUCAAAAAUAAAUAAAUAAAUAAAUAAAUGCAUAU